AUGACAUCUGGAUCUGAUGGAAAGGCCGAGACGGCUGAUCUACUGCCUGCCUGGAUCAACCCAGACCUUAGCCGGCUUCUGAUAGUUAAAGAGGUCAAAGGUGACGAUUUCAAGUCAUCAGCUGAGUCUGUCGUCGACUUGCCGGCAGGGGCAUUAUUUGCGCGCAUCUCGGGCGUGAAGCGGGUUCCCAAACCAUCUUGGAGUUCGGUGCAGGCAGGCCGCGAUCUACAUAUUGAGCUCAACUCCGAUCUCGUUAAAAUCAACCAUAGCUGUGCCCCAACACUCGAAUGGGACAUGGAACGAAUGGAGAUACGGGUUAGUAGGCAUCGUGAUUUGAAGAAGGGCGACUCACUGAGCUUCUUCUACCCAAGCACAGAGUUCUGCAUGGCGCAACCGUUCCAAUGCUGGUGUGAUGCUGGUGAAGACGUGUGUCUCGGGCGUAUCUCCGGCGCUGCAAGUAUAGAUCCUCGGAAGUUGGAUGGCUACUGGAUCAAUCGGCACAUAAAAGAGAUGCUCGAGGAAGCGUCAAAGAAGAGAAACUCUCAUUUGUGA